AUGCCAAAAUCGAAACGUGAAAUUGAUGUAUCGCUAACUCGAGUAAAGAAAAAAACUAAAGAGCAUAAAGUGAAAUUAGUUGAUGGGAUACGUAAAUGUGUUGAUACAUACAAGCACCUAUUUGUAUUCGAAAUUGAAAAUAUGCGUUCAUCAAAAUUUACAGAAAUAAGACAGAAGUUUAAAAAUAAUGCGCGUUUUUUCUACGGCAAAAAUAAUGUUAUGGCAUUAGCACUUGGUAAAAGUACUUCUACAGAAUAUGCACCUGGAUUAAGCAAAAUAAAAGAUUUUUUGAAGGGGGAGUGCGGAUUAAUGUUCACAAACGGUGAUCAAGAAACCGUUGUAGAGUAUUUCAAGAAAUUGCACAUCACAGACUUUGCUAGAUGUGGUCAAAGAGCUGUUUGUACAGUGGAGUUAUGUGAAGGACCUUUACAGCAGUUUCCUUUUUCAUUGGAACCACAGCUUAGAAAACUUGGCUUACCUACUAAGUUAGAUAAAGGUGUAGUGUCGUUGAUAUCACACCAUACUGUUUGCAAAGAAGGUGAUAAGUUAACAUCCGAUCAGUGCAGAUUAUUAAAAUUUUUAAAUCAUAAGAUGUCCAUUUUUCAAGUUAAACUUUCUGCUCACUGGUCUAAAUUAGAAGGUUUCGAACAUAUUACAUGA